UCUUGUAACUAGGCAACAGCGCCAGGGCAGCCAGAGAUGCUGCGCAGGAGAGAUACAGAGCGUUCCAUGGCGUUCUAAGCCCAUUCUACACUGCAAGUGCACGGCUGCCCGGCUGCCCAGCUCCCCAGGGCACAGGGAGCUUGUCUAUCAUAGCAUUGCACAGAACCGGGAGGAGGUGGGAAUUAAAUAAAAAAGAAAGAAAAUUCACUUCCCAGUAUAAUGAAGCAUGGAGGAGGUAUAGAGUCUCCUGGAGUACCGUGGCAGGACAAUGGGAGCAGGGCUUGCUGUCUGUGUGACCCUAUUGCUGGUGGAUAUUCAGUGUAUAGCAGAUGGAUUAAGGAAAGCUCCGCUGAUCAGAUCGCUGGAGAUCUGAGGGGGACCCCCGAGCUGACAUGUCCUCUUGUCCAGCAAAGUUGCUCCCGAUUUGCUCGCGUUGGCCAGCAGCUUUGACUUCCUCCACUCAUUCCCGGUGAGUCAAUGGUGCUGGGGUAACUUGUCAACCAUCUUGAGGACAGCAUGAUUGCCACAGGAGGUCUCCUGAGGAUCUCUGCUCGGAAACAAGAUCCUCUCCGACCCAAAAGCCAGACUCCGAAAAAAAAGCGAAAAGCAAAAAAGAAACGCAAGAAUGAUGUUGUUGUGGUGAAAGGCAAACUUAAACUUUGUUCCAUCUCUGGAUUAAUUGCUCUUUUUGGAAUUUUGGUACUUUUAGUUGGAGUUGCAAUGGCUGUUAUAGGUUACUGGCCAAAAAGUAACUCAGUAUACCAUGGAAAUCUAGGGAAAAAUCAAGCCAAAUAUUCAUCAGGUGAUAAAAAUAUAAUUAGUGCAAGUAAAAAUCAAUCCCGGAGGAAUCAAAGCAGCUCUGAAUCCAUUCUGGAUGUACCUAAAACAAUAGACAGAAACAUUACUAGAAACCUUCAGCAGAAAAAGUCUCCUGGUUUUCUUGCUGGCCUGUUUUCUGGGUACUUGCAUUCUGAUAAUCUGAAAGUAUUUGGUCCACUUAUAAUGGGUAUUGGAAUAUUUCUGUUCAUUUGUGCAAAUGCUGUUCUUCAUGAAAACCGAGACAAGAAAACCAAGAUAAUUAACUUGAGGGAUUUGUAUUCUACUGUGAUUGAUGUUCAUGGCAUGAAAUGUAAGGAUGGAGCUCCUUUAAAUGGAUUUGUGAAUUAUGUACAAUCUCGGAGUAUGGAUGUUAAAGCUGGGGAUACAUUUGGGGCUGCCAUGCUUGCCAAAACCUCUUGGAAUUCAUCUCUUGGUGGACCAAUUACUUUCUCCCCUCCAAAUUUAAGAGAGACAAGGACGUCUUCUCCUAAGUUAUAUCGCCAGCCACCAGAUUCCCCCUGUAUCGCUGACGCAGUGUACAGUAUUUACCGUGAGCGGUCAGCCUCUGCCCUACCAUUUGAAAGAGAUUUUGGGAGAGAUGGAGUCAAAGGUUCCCCCUUAGAAUCACCUGAUCUAGAAUGGGGCAGAAGGGGUAUGUGCUCCAUUGUUGGGUCCUCCCUCAGUGCAUUCACAUUGCCCAUUGUGAAAUUAGAUAACUGCCUUUUAGAUAAGAAAGAUGAACCUGUUGUUGAGAAAAAAAGUGCCAAAGAAGUAUCCAGGGGGGAGAUUGAAUUAAGUUUAACCAAUUUUAGCCAUGCAGACUUGAACUGGGAAAUUCCCAAGACCCAUCGGAAAUUGUUAAGGCGCCAGAGCACAAGCUGUCUGCCUGACCUUAGGAGAUCUACAUCACCUGGGCCUUUGUCUGAUUUGGGUAGCCAAUCUUUAAGUAGCACAGAUCUCGACUGUAGCCUUUUGGUGAAAGCUUCAGAACAUAACAAUACAAAGCCUGUGGUUCUUGUGGAUUCACUCACAAUAGCACCAUUGAUCAGGAAAGAUUCUCAGAGCUCCGAGUCUGACCAAUCAAGCAAUAAGGGCUAUAUUCAUCUUGAGGAGGCAGGAACCUCCUUUGAGUCUAUUGACACCUCAGCCAAUAAAAACCAAGACUGUGAAGAAUUUAGGGAUAAAGACAUGCAUUCUUUGGAAGGUACCAGCAAAGAACAAAAUAUAGGAACACUUCAAAGGCAGUACACUAAUAAAGAAAAACUACUGAUGCUGUCCAGAUCACAUGCUAAAAUGGAUGACAAUGAUGAUGAUGGUGAUGAUUUAGACAAUACAAGAAUUUAAGGCACACGUGAAUACAUGUUAGUGUUCCCAGUUGUGUUCCAGAAUAUACUGUAUUACAGGGAACUGGAACUUGCAAAUAUCCAAAGAUUUGCAGUAGCAACAAUUUGUAUUGGUACUGAAAACUGCAUUCUAUAACAGAAAAGUAACUUAAACACCUGAUUGUAAUUUGUUUUUAUAAUUCAAACCAAACUGUAUUAAUAAGACAGCCUAGCAGCAGGUCUUUAACAUUUACCAUGACCUGAUUAUUUUGACAAAAAUCAUGCACUUUUAAUCUGAAGUUCAAUAUUUUUUUCCCCAUUUUCCUGCUGAUGGCAUGUCCAUAAUUCCCUUAUGGCUGUAGUUUGGCUUCCCCAAAUGUUAUGGCAGCAAGCCUGCCUUUAGGCUACAUAAAAUUAAUUAUUUUAUUUUUGGAAACAAAUAGUGGUUUCAUAUUACCUUAAGGUCUAUCUCACAAAGUAUACAGAUUUAUUUAGAAAUGUAUAAAAUAUACAGACUUGGUUUAACAUUAUUAGACUGACAUAUUAUAAUCAUUUUGGAAAUUCUGUAAUACAAAUGUUUUAUUGAGUGUUAUACAUAAUAAAUUAUAAAUAUCAUAAAUAAACAUUAUAAGAAAUGUUUACAUUUAAGUACAUAAUAUACAAAAAUGGUUAUGAUUUUGAAAGCAUUCUUUAAAACAGGACCAAUUGUGGAUUUUUGUGUACAAUGAUAAUGGAAGGAAUUUUAUUAUUAUUUUGCUAACACAGUAUUUUCACAAUAGCAUGCAACAAACAAAUGAACCAUUUGAUUGGCCGAAGCAUGUGCAAAGCACCAAUGCAUUACACAUUGCUCUGUAAUGUUUAAAAAGCAGUCUUAAAAGCGGUGUAUGGAAUAAUUUCACACUUGUUUUAUAGUAUAAUAAUUUAUACAAAUAGAAAAUAGAGUGCAUGAGAAAUUGUAUUUUUGUUACUUUUCAUAUUUAUCCAGUGUACAUAUGCAUCACAGGGCACAUAUUUGACUGAAAAUUAGCCUUCUGGAG